CAAAUAGAUGGUAUGAUCUAAAGUGGUGAAAUGGUAUGAUCUAAAGUGGUGAAUAUUUUUUUUUAAUUGCUAUUACAUCAAUGAGAUUCUACGUACCCAGGAUAGUCUGCUUUGCCAUCUUGCUGGAAUCGCUUGGGUUGACAAAUUCGUCAUCAGAGUUCUACAUAGAAUCAAGUAAGUGAAAUUAAAAGUAAUAUCAACCCAGCAACAAUAAUAGUAGCAAUGCAGUGACAUUACAGAUUCUAUCAAUGGCAUGACAAACAUGGAUGCAUCCCACCAACAAUAAUAGUCUCAAUCCAGUGACAUUACAGAUUCUAUCAAUGGCAUGACAAACAUGGAUGCAUCCCACCAACACUAAUAGUCGCAAUCAAGUGACAUUACAGAUUCUAUCAAUGGCAUGACAAACAUGGACGCAUCAAUCCAAUAAAAACCAGGGUUCAUCAAUCCAAUAGACAGGACAAGGAAAAUCAAGCCAAUGGCUAAACAGCGUCUAUGAAGCUAAAAUAAAGACAUGGGUCAAACAAUCUACAUAACCAGACAGGUGCUGCCCAUUCCAAUGAUGAGACAGACAAACCAAAGCGUAUUACAUUUUGACCUUGUACAAUUCUUCCCUUAUUUUUAACUUCCAACUUCUCUGCAAACAUAAAUAUUAUUUAUUGUAUACAUUGUAUGUCAAAUAUCACAUUUUAAACCUAUAAAUUAACUUCUCUUUUAUUUGUGGCCGGCUGACUGGCAAAAUCUUCGGACGACUAAUCCACCCACUUCCCGUCAGCACGUUGAGCUGAAACUUGGCUUAUAGACCUAUUGCAAAUGACAACUGAUUUUUUUCACAUUUGCAGCCCCAAUCUCCCACCCCCACCCCCAAAAUCCCAUUUGUUCCUGUUUUUUCAAGGGAAAGAUAAAGCGAAAUUCCCAAUGACUGCGCUAAAUGAGUUGCUUUGUAAAAAAAUAUCGCAAGUGCGUUUGGUGCGUAAUAUUUUCUUUUGUUUUUUUCUGAAAUUAUUCCGGAAAUAGAUCUGCUUGUAAAGGCGGUUGGUUCAUUGGAAUAUUAAUAUAGUUCAGGGGCGUGGAAAUAAUUUGUGGCUGCAAGCCUUGAGAUUCGGGGGGGGGGGGCACAAUUUGGGAUUCUUAUAAAGUGAGUUACUUGUACUUGUAUGCAUGUUUCAUCAAAUUUUUAGCCCCCAACACUAUAGCUCGAUAUUACAUUUUAUAAUAUAUAUAUACAUAUAAUUUUUACACAAAAAAACUUUGUUUUUUUUGGAGGCUGUGUAAUAAAAUUUCUUUGUUCCAAAGUGUGUUCCAAGAAAAUAGCCGUUAGGACUGCGAUAGAAGCUCACAUCGACUACCACUGGUUGAAAAGUGAGUGCACCGUGUUUCUGGUGCCCUACGACGAGAACGGCUGGCUUCGGGCGUUCUUCGUCCAGUACUCGAGUAGAAGACCCAGCAGCAGUUGUUCCCACGGUGCCAUCUACCUGUACAACUCGCAAGACAGCUCUCUUUUAGGUAAUGUUGUUACCUUGGAAUCUACCUGCACAGAUCUUAGGACUACUCUCUUUUAGUUAAAGGUGUUGAAUUGCUACCUACAACUCUCAAGUCAACUCUCUUUUAGGUAAUGUUGGUACCUUGGUAUCUACCUGUACAAUUCUCUUGAUAACUCUUUUUAGUUUAUAGUGUUACCUUAAUUACUAUUAUAUUCGUACAACUCUCAAGACAACUCAUAUUUAGGUAAUAUUGUUAAAAUGCACUUACUGUAUACUAUAACUUUUAGCGGGUUUUUUUGUGUGAACUGGUAACAAUAAAUUAAAUACUAAUUAAAGUAGCAUACAGCUUGUCUGGUUUGAGUUACCUAGGAAUUUGGACAUAGAUCUGCGUAUAUUGACAAAACAUCGGAGCAUACAAUCAACUUGACUUGAGUGUCCUUUUGUCUUUGACCCCCCCCCCCACCCCUUUCACAGCUAAGAUUUUUUCAUCUCUAGGAAGCUAAAACUGGACCCGCAGGGAUCGCCCGAUAGAUUAGUAGUUUGAGUUAACUAGGAAUUUGGACCAAGAUCUGCGUAUAUUGACAAAACAUCGGAGCAUACAAUCAACUUGCCUUGAGUGUCCUUUUGUCUUUGCCCCCCCCCCCCACCCCUUUCACAGCUAAGAUUUUUUCAUCUCUAGGAAGCUAAAACUGGACCCGCAGGGAUCGCCCGAUAGAUUAGUCAUUGCUUCUGUCGGCUACGGCCGAACAGGCCGAUGAAGAAUCCACUAGACCCCCGUUUCAGUGCGUUCUUCCAUGACUGUCUAAUCUAACACUUCAAAAAAAGACAUGCUAUUAUUUUAUCCUUUCCAUGAGUUAAGCUUCUUAAUUUUAUCUCGUUUUCUUGCCUCAAUAAUAAUUUAACAAGUAAAAAAAAAAAAAAAAAAUUAAACGUAUUUUAAGCGCCAACUUAUUUUAUUAAAUGAAAAGCCAAACAAGGUUUACAAUAAGAUAAAUUACGGUGAGGUAAUUUGCAAAAAAAAAAAAAUGUGUUUAACCUGCAGUAUUGAAGCUUUGAAAUAAGAAUACAUGUUUCAGCGUAUUGCUGGACUUAGGAGGAAGUUGGGGUGGAUGGAUGGAAGAGGCUUGCGAUCAAAGGAAGACAUGCAUGAGCAGGGAUGACGAGGACGUUGCUUCAAGUUUUGGACGGGGGUGGGGAUGGCGGUCGGAGGGGUUUGUGGGGGGGGGUCCUCUUAAUCAUGAAGGAUUGAUUGGGGUCAAAGGUCUGCCGUAUGUUUGGAAAAAUUAUAACGUACCGUUAUGGUUUUCAAAAUGUAAUUUGUUUGAAGCUCUUUGGCUGGCAGAAUGAACAGCACGCAACACAGGAAUGAGACAAACCAGAAAACAUAGGAAAACGAUAUCAAACUUAGCGAUCUUAACAAGAUUCAGUUUAAUUAUACAAAUUAAAUUUCUAUAGGAAUACAUAUUCAAAUAUACAGAGCACAAAUCAAAAAAUCCAUACCAUAUCAAUGUACAGCAGAACAAGAGAAAAUGUUCUGUCCUGGGAAAAUACAAAUAAAAAUGUACACACAUAUAAAGAGUACAAUCUUGCAGUUAUAUGACGACUCCUUUAUGUUAGGAAAUGUAGGGAAAAUAACUAAAUCUCGCACAAUCUCUUGGCUAGGAAAUCUGCCAGCCGAUCUAUAGGGAUUAAACCAGAUCCAUCGAUUGAAAUAAAUGUUAGAAAUUGGGUUACCUGAUAUCAUUCUUAAAAACAAAUGGAACGCAUUCCAACGCAGACAACCUUUUCCCGGUGAAGGAAGGGGCGGGUAAGGAGUGACACAGCACGUUUACUCGAUGGCUUCAACAUCAAGGCAAAACAAAGGGGAUUUGACGACUGUUGGUGGUUAAAGGUUAUUCCUAAGCAUGUGCCAUGAUGACAUCAUGUAACAAUAUUUACAUUUAUAUAUGAACAAAUAUCAAUUCUAAGAACAUCCAAAAUCUUUAUGAACAUCAACACGAGCCUUUCCUAGGGGUCGCCGGAGACCCUCCUGAAAACACAUAAACUUACAGCCAUGGAAUAGCAACGAAAUUAAUCGCGGGGCUGUGGAUCGCUACGACACGAGAAACUGUAUUAAAGGGUCGAGGCAUUAGGAAGGCUGAGAACCACUGGUGUACAUGAACAUCGAGCGUUACAUCAAUAUCUACAGCCUACAUGAACAUCGACCAUCCGUCUAUAUGAACAUCUACCGUCUAUAUGAACAUCUACACUCUACAUCAGUGUCUCAAGCUCGCAGCCUGCGGGACAUUUCAGGCCCGAUACCUGUUAAUGCGGCCCGCGCGUUCUCCAAAUUAUUAUAUCUAUAAUGUGACCUUCCGCGACGGGUUCAGUCGAAUCUCACCGACUAGUCUAAUUAUGAUUGUUAUUAUGUUUGUAUGGGUUUGGAUGAUGAUUAUAAUGGUAAAAACCAUUUUUAAAAUCGGUCUAAAAAAUUUUAUUUUAUAACAUUUUAUGAAAAAAACAUGAACACAUUUUGGUAACUUUUAUGAUAAACUAUGUGAGAAAGAUAAACAUUUCAAUGCAUACUCAGUCGUUCAGGGCAUUGUUCACAAACCUUGUGUUCCUCUGUCACACUCAGAGCUCCAUGCGGUAAAUACACCCAAAACAAUAGCAAAUGCUUCAAAGUGCCUCAGUGCAACACAGUGCAGUAUAAACAAUCUUUCCACUGUGAACUCAACAUCGGACGAAAGCUUCGAGGCUGCCCUGGCAUCAGCUAGGAGCUGUUAGAACAGCAACAUCAUACCCCCAACCGUUUCACCGAUGGCAGUACCUGGAUGCAGUAAAAAACACUACCAGAACCAGAACCAGAAAAAGCGUGAUUUUUUUUUUCUUUACAAAGGAUUAUUACUAUUUUUAGCAUCACAGUUGUGUCCCAUCUUUGUGCUGGGGCAGCACAUCACACAGAACUUGGUCACGGGCCGUCCUUUCAUUUCAGGUACGUGUGCACCUGUGAGACUUGUCCGUAGCCUGGUACAGGAAGGUACCCGGAGUAGCUAUCACCGUAUACUUGCGACUGUUGUUUCUUAAGACUUUUUAUAACAUGAACGACAGUAUCACCACUUUCGACGGGUCUCUUUUUUUGUACAACGUCAUCUCUAUUCCGGCAUCCGGCAACUGACUGUUCCUAUCAGUGGGUUUUUUCUAGACCCAAGAUGCUGACGAAGGCAAUGCACUCUCACUACGACACAGGGCAGGUGAUUUCGUGUUGCAUUGUUUGAAAAUUAGAAGUGAAUUCUUUUUUUUUUACCACUUGGACCCGUCAGGUAUUCUCUAAAUGUACAUGGACCGGUUGUAAAGAAAAAUCUGGUUACGUCCAUAUAUAUAUAUAUAUAUAUAUAUAUAAAUAUUAUGGCAUCCUUCCGUCUACGUGAGACAAUGGAGUAGCUAUAUAGUUCUACACUUUGUCGAGUGGCUCAUUAGGCCAAUCCUUGAAUGGCAAUCACGGCCGCAUCUCUCGCAGGAGAAUGUUGAAACCCGGUAAAUUCUUGAUUUUCGAAUUGUUCUUUUUUAUUCGAGGGCCUCGUUUCGAGUAACUUCUGCCUUUUUCACUCCUCCAAACACUGCUGUACGCCAAUUGGAGCGAUGUUCGGCAAUGAACUCCCAUUCGUUUGUUUCAAUAUUGGCUUCCCUCAUGCUUCGUUUGCAAACGUCAUUAAAUCUCAGGCGCGGUCGUCCAAUAUGUCUUGUCCCCUCUGCCAACUCUCAAUACAGCAGAAUCUUUGGGAUACGUCCUUCCUCCAUUCUCCGUACAUGACCUAACAAGCGAAGGCGUCUCUUGAUAAGAAAGGAGAAUAUGCUAAACAUGUGUGCACGUUCCAAGACCUCCACGUUAGUCACCCUGUCCUGCCAACGAAUGCGCAAAAUGCGACGCAGACAUCUUUGAUGGGAGCUGUUGAGUUUCCGCUCCUGACUGGUAUAUGUGGUCCACACUUCACUACCAUAUAGGAGCGUGCUAAGCACGCAUGCCUGAUAGACACUUAUUUUUGUUUUAUCAGUUAGAUUGAGAUUAUUCCACACCCGCUUAUUCAGUUUAGCCAUAGUUGCUGCUGCUUUUGCAAUACUGAUAUUGAUUUCUUCAUCAACGAAGAGAGAACUAGUAAUAUUGGAUCCCAGGUAUAUGAAAUGAUCAACAACCGAAAGAUUAUGACCCUCAAUAGAUAUGAUUGGAGGAGACGGUGCUUCUUGCAUCAUUACAUGAGUUUUCUAUAGACUAAUCGAAAGUCCAAACUCUUUGCAGGCAUGUGAUAGGCGAUUAUCCAGCCCCUGCAGACCUUCUUCUGUGUGAGAUGUUAAGGCGGAAUCGUCAGCGAACAACAGUUCACGAAUCAGCACCUUUUUUACUUUGGUCUUUGCACAAAGGCGGGCGAUAUUGAACGUCCAUCAGAUCUUGCAUGGACGAACACUCCAUUUUCACAGUCACUGAAAGCAACUUGAAGGAGCAUCGAAAAGAAAAUUGAAAAGAGCGUUGGUGCCAGUACACAACCCUGUUUUUACUCCGCUGCCAACUGGAAAUGACUCAGAGACAGUGCCAUUGAAAGUUACCGUGGAAUGCAUGUUCAUGUGAAAUGACUGUGUGAUUGUGAGCAGUCGUGGGGGACAACCUAUUCUUUGCAGGAUACUGAAAAGUCCUCUUCGACUUACCAAUUCAAAUGCCUUGGUCAGGUCUAUGAAGGCAAUAUAAAGAGGCAUAUGCUGUUCGCAACAUUUAUCCUGCAUUUGGCGUAGCGAACGAAAAUAUCAUGUCUAUUGUUGAGCGCCCACUCCUGAAGCCACAUAUUUAUAUAUAAAUUAUUUUGGAACAUUUAUUUCCUCUUCAAAUCUUACAAGAUAAUAAAAGUUCACUACUCAAUUGACAUACUUGAAUGUGGAAUGAUGUCAAUUGUUUCUAUUUUUCAGGGGACAAAGGUUACUGCCUCAGUCAUA